AUUAUCAAUUUAACGUUUAUGUAACAACAGGUAAUGCACCAAGUAAUCAAUCACAUGCAGAAUUAUUGAAAAAGAAACAUUCUCAUGCAGCAACUAGUGAUCUGUCAUACGUGAAUUCUGUCGGGAAUGGAUCCGGUUCUAAUCUGAGUACAAAACAUACUCGCCUGCGAACUUCCAAUCAAGCAUGCCAAAAUUCUGUAGCAGAUAGACUGAAUUCUAGUAGUACUGUUGUCACCACAGUACGAACUACUACUGGGAUUAGAGUUAGUGUACGUAUUCAGCAACAAAGUGCUAAUGAUCAGCUAGUGGUAAACACCAUAGCUGAAGAGCGAGAUGAUAAUGUGAUGUUAGAUAUCAAUCAGGAGCCUCCUCCAGGUACAACCAAAAAGGUGCGAGGGAAGACAAGAGGAGUGAAUGCAGAUAAGGUGUUCUCCCAAUUGAAUUCUAAAAUACCUGUGACUCUGACUGAAGAAAAUGGCAGUCCUACAGACCCUUAUGUUGAGAUGUUUGCAAAUGAAAUUGGUUACACAAUUCGAAACUACGCCCCACUGAAUGUGGAAAAAUGGAAGAAGAUUGAAAAAACAGAUGUGGAGAACUUUAUCAAAAGAAUGCAGAGUAAGUUUGAAUUUGACAUGUCGCUCCCUUGGGUCCAGAGAUAUGUAAUUACAACAUGUCAGACCGUAUAUUGUAAUUUUCGCUUUAAGUUGAAGAAAUAUUUUGAGUAGUUUUCAACAAUUGAGGAGACAAUUAAAAACAAACAUGAAGCUAUAAGUUGAAGAAAUAUUUUGAGUAGUUUUCAACAAUUGAGGAGGCAAUUAAAAACAAACAUGAAGCUGUCAAGACUCAGGAAGAAUGAAAGUUUCUUUGC